UCCUUUAUACAUUCAUCCAUCUAUGAUGGUCUCUGGCCAGCCUCCUUUAUACAUUCAUCCGCCUAUGAUGGUCUCUGGCCAGCCUCCUUUAUACAUUCAUCCGCCUAUGAUGGUCUCUGGCCAGCCUCCUUUAUACAUUCAUCCGCCUAUGAUGGUCUCUGGCCAGCCUCCUUUAUACAUUCAUCCGCCUAUGAUGGUCUCUGGCCAGCCUCCUUUAUAUGUUCAUCCGCCUAUGAUGGUCUCUGGCCAGCCUCCUUUAUACGUUCAUCCGCCUAUGAUGGUCUCUGGCCAGCCUCCUUUAUACGUUCAUCCGCCUAUGAUGGUCUCUGGCCAGCCUCCUUUAUAUGUUCAUCCGCCUAUGAUGGUCUCUGGCCAGCCUCCUUUAUACGUUCAUCCGCCUAUGAUGGUCUCUGGCCAGCCUCCUUUAUACGUUCAUCCGCCUAUGAUGGUCUCUGGCCAGCCUCCUUUAUACGUUCAUCCGCCUAUGAUGGUCUCUGGCCAGCCUCCUUUAUACAUUCAUCCGCCUAUGAUGGUCUCUGGCCAGCCUCCUUUAUACAUUCAUCCAUCUAUGAUGGUUUCUGGCCAGCCUCCUUUAUACAUUCAUCCGUCUAUGAUGGUCUCUGGCCAGCCUCCUUUAUACAUUCAUCCGCCUAUGAUGGUCUCUGGCCAGCCUCCUUUAUACAUUCAUCCGCCUAUGAUGGUCUCUGGCCAGCCUCCUUUAUACAUUCAUCCGCCUAUGAUGGUCUCUGGCCAGCCUCCUUUAUACAUUCAUCCGUCUAUGAUGGUUUCUGGCCAGCCUCCUUUAUACAUUCAUCAGUCUAUGAUGGUCUCUGGCCAGCCUCCUUUAUACAUUCAUCAGUCUAUGAUGGUCUCUGGCCAGCCUCCUUUAUACAUUCAUCAGUCUAUGAUGGUCUCUGGCCAGCCUCCUUUAUACGUUCAUCCGCCUAUGAUGGUCUCUGGCCAGCCUCCUUUAUACAUUCAUCAGUCUAUGAUGGUCUCUGGCCAGCCUCCUUUAUACAUUCAUCAGUCUAUGAUGGUCUCUGGCCAGCCUCCUUUAUACGUUCAUCCGCCUAUGAUGGUCUCUGGCCAGCCUCCUUUAUACAUUCAUCCGCCUAUGAUGGUCUCUGGCCAGCCUCCUUUAUACGUUCAUCCGCCUAUGAUGGUCUCUGGCCAGCCUCCUUUAUACAUUCAUCCGUCUAUGAUGGUCUCUGGCCAGCCUCCUUUAUACGUUCAUCCGCCUAUGAUGGUCUCUGGCCAACCUCCUUUAUACAUUCAUCCGCCUAUGAUGGUCUCUGGCCUGCCUCCUUUAUACAUUCAUCCGCCUAUGAUGGUCUCUGGCCAGCCUCCUUUAUACCUUCAUCCGUCUAUGAUGGUCUCUGGCCAGCCUCCUUUAUACGUUCAUCCGACUAUGAUGGUUUCUGGCCAGCCUCCUUUAUACAUUCAUCCGCCUAUGAUGGUCUCUGGCCAGCCUCCUUUAUACAUUCAUCAAUCUAUGAUGGUCUCUGGCCAGCCUCCUUUAUACAUUCAUCCGCCUAUGAUGGUCUCUGGCCAGCCUCCUUUAUACAUUCAUCCGCCUAUGAUGGUCUCUGGCCAGCCUCCUUUAUACGUUCAUCCGCCUAUGAUGGUCUCUGGCCAGCCUCCUUUAUACGUUCAUCCGUCUAUGAUGGUCUCUGGCCAGCCUCCUUUAUACGUUCAUCCGCCUAUGAUGGUCUCUGGCCAGCACUCAUUUCUGGCAUGUCUGCCUAUUUAGUCACGUGUUCACAGGUCUCUACGUGUUCAUCAACAUUUCUGUCUAACAGCUGAACCUGCGUCCUGAAUUCUUUCCAGGCUCUGUGCCGUGGUUUGACCAAGUUGGCAGUAAAACAUUCAGCAUGUGGUUAACUCGGCCUUGGAGAUGAAGGGCUGCAGGUUUCUCUGGUUGGAAGGAGGAAAAUAAAAUCUGAAUGUGUGUAUUUCUGCUCUUGUAUGUUUCUGG